UGAGCAGUUGGAAGUGCAGGCAUGUGUCACCUCCCCUGGUUAAUGAAACUUUUUUUUUUUUUUUUUCUGGUAGCGCCCGGGUCUGGCUAGAACCAUUCAUUAGGAGCUAUUUCCUUCAGCAAAUAGGUUCUACCAAGCAGGAAUGAAAACUGUUUUGCUCAUCUGGAUCUUAAAUAUGUGGGUCAGGAGAUGUAACCAAUACUGUCAUCCCGUUACUAUCUCUGGGAACCAGCACAGUGGACACCCAAACCCCAAAUAUAGGGCUAAGAAUAAAGUAUUCCACAGCCAGGGCUGAUUCUAGGUAACAUUCACUGAACUCUAAACUUCAUAGAAUAUUAAAGUCAGCAUCAGUAAGGUCAUUAGAGAUAGUAAGGUUCUCUCCUUAUACCCGUGCCAGCCCCCCCGAAUUUGGUAAGUAACUUGUACCUUUAGUUAGCAUUACAUGUGACAGAUGCCCUCCUUUGAAUUUUGUGGCAUAUUCCACAACAGUUUGUAUAAGAUUACUGACAUAUACAUAUUCAGGGAGUAUAAGGAAUUGAUUUGGAAUGUCUGGAAUAAGACCUGUGGCCUUCUCAUUUUUUGUUCUCAGAUAAAGAGAUAAAACCCCUCACCCUCUGCCAGUACUGGCUGAGCUAAAAUUACUAAUACAGUGUUUUAUCAUCCCUGAAUACUUUGGUACAUUUUACCUACAAUCAAGUACAUUCUCCUAUAAAUCAAAGUACAACCAUCAAGAUCAGGAAUUUAACACUGAUACUUCACUACUAUUCAGACCUCAGGCUUAUCAGGUGGCUAUCAUCCAGUGAAAAUUGGAGACCUCUUCAAUGGCCGGUAUCAUGUUAUUAGAAAGCUUGGAUGGGGGCACUUCUCUACUGUCUGGCUGUGCUGGGAUAUGCAGGGGAAAAGAUUUGUUGCAAUGAAAGUUGUAAAAAGUGCCCAGCAUUACACGGAGACAGCCUUGGAUGAAAUAAAAUUGCUCAAAUGUGUUCGAGAAAGUGAUCCCAGUGACCCAAACAAAGACAUGGUGGUCCAGCUCAUUGACGACUUCAAGAUUUCAGGCAUGAAUGGGAUACAUGUCUGCAUGGUCUUCGAAGUGCUUGGCCACCAUCUCCUCAAGUGGAUCAUCAAAUCCAACUAUCAAGGCCUCCCAGUACGUUGUGUGAAGAGUAUCAUUCGACAGGUCCUUCAAGGGUUAGAUUACCUACACAGUAAGUGCAAGAUCAUUCAUACUGACAUAAAGCCGGAAAACAUCUUGAUGUGUGUGGAUGAUGCAUAUGUGAGAAGAAUGGCAGCUGAGGCCACUGAGUGGCAGAAAGCAGGUGCUCCUCCUCCUUCAGGGUCUGCAGUGAGUACGGCUCCACAGCAGAAACCUAUAGGAAAAAUAUCUAAAAACAAAAAGAAAAAACUGAAAAAGAAACAGAAGAGGCAGGCUGAGUUAUUGGAGAAGCGCCUGCAGGAGAUAGAAGAACUGGAGCGAGAAGCUGAAAGGAAAAUAAUAGAAGAAAACAUCACGUCAGCUGUACCUUCCAAUGACCAGGAUGGCGAAUACUGCCCAGAGGUGAAACUAAAAACAACAGGAUUAGAGGAGGCGGCCGAGGCAGAGACUGCAAAGGACAAUGGUGAAGCUGAGGACCAGGAAGAGAAAGAAGACGCUGAGAAAGAAAACAUUGAAAAAGAUGAAGAUGAUGUAGAUCAGGAACUUGCGAACAUAGACCCUACGUGGAUAGAAUCACCUAAAACCAAUGGGCAUAUUGAGAAUGGCCCAUUCUCACUGGAGCAGCAACUGGACGAUGAAGAGGAUGAUGAAGAAGACUGCCCAAAUCCUGAGGAAUAUAAUCUUGAUGAGCCAAAUGCAGAAAGUGAUUACACAUAUAGCAGCUCCUAUGAACAAUUCAAUGGUGAAUUGCCAAAUGGACGACAUAAAAUUCCCGAAUCACAGUUCCCAGAGUUUUCCACCUCGUUGUUCUCUGGAUCCUUAGAACCUGUGGCCUGCAGCUCUGUGCUUUCUGAGGGAUCACCACUUACUGAGCAAGAGGAGAGCAGUCCAUCCCAUGACAGAAGCAGGACGGUUUCAGCGUCCAGUACUGGGGAUUUGCCAAAAGCAAAAACCCGGGCAGCUGACUUGUUGGUGAAUCCCCUGGAUCCACGGAAUGCAGAUAAAAUUAGAGUAAAAAUUGCUGACCUGGGAAAUGCUUGUUGGGUGCAUAAACACUUCACGGAAGACAUCCAGACGCGUCAGUACCGCUCCAUAGAGGUUUUAAUAGGAGCGGGGUACAGCACCCCUGCGGACAUCUGGAGCACGGCGUGUAUGGCAUUUGAGCUGGCAACGGGAGAUUAUUUGUUUGAACCACAUUCUGGGGAAGACUAUUCCAGAGAUGAAGACCACAUAGCCCACAUCAUAGAGCUGCUAGGCAGUAUUCCAAGGCACUUUGCUCUAUCUGGAAAAUAUUCUCGGGAAUUCUUCAAUCGCAGAGAUCACAUAGCAUUGAUCAUUGAACUUCUGGGGAAAGUCCCUCGAAAAUACGCUAUGUUGGGGAAAUACUCCAAGGAGUUUUUCACCAGAAAAGGAGAACUGCGACACAUCACCAAGCUGAAGCCCUGGAGCCUCUUUGAUGUACUUGUGGAAAAGUAUGGCUGGCCCCAUGAAGAUGCUGCACAGUUUACAGAUUUCCUGAUCCCGAUGUUAGAAAUGGUUCCAGAAAAACGAGCCUCAGCUGGCGAAUGCCUUCGGCAUCCUUGGUUGAAUUCUUAGCAAAUUCUACCAAUAUUGCAUUCUGAGCUAGCAAAUGUUCCCAGUACAUUGGACCUAAACGGUGACUCUCAUUCUUUAACAGGAUUACAAGUGAGCUGGCUUCAUCCUCAGACCUUUAUUUUGCUUUGAGGUACUGUUGUUUGACAUUUUGCUUUUUGUGCACUGUGAUCCUGGGGAAGGGUAGUCUUUUGUCUUCAGCUAAGUAGUUUACUGACCAUUUUCUUCUGGAAACAAUAACAUGUCUCUAAGCAUUGUUUCUUGUGUUGUGUGACAUUCAAAUGUCAUUUUUUUGAAUGAAAAAUACUUUCCCCUUUGUGUUUUGGCAGGUUUUGUAACUAUUUAUGAAGAAAUAUUUUAGCUGAGUACUAUAUAAUUUACAAUCUUAAGAAAUUAUCAAGUUGGAACCAAGAAAUAGCAAGGAAAUGUACAAUUUUAUCUUCUGGCAAAGGGACACCAUUCCUGUAUUAUAGUGUAUGUAAAUGCACCCUGUAAAUGUUACUUUCCAUUAAAUAUGGGAGGGGGACUCAAACUUCAGAAAAGCUACCAAGUCUUGAGUGCUUUGUAGCCUAUGUUGCAUGUAGCGGACUUUAACUGCUCCAAGGAGUUGUGCAAACUUUUCAUUCCAUAACAGUCUUUUCACAUUGGAUUUUAAACAAAGUGGCUCUGGGUUGUAAGAUGUCAUUCUCUAUAUGGCACUUUAAAGGAAGAAAAGAUACGCUUCUCAUUCUAAAAUAUGCGUUAUAAAUUAGCAGUCCCAUUUGUAAUUUUGCAUAUUUUUAAAAGUACUUUUAAAGAAGAAGAGCAAUUUCCCUUUAAAAAUGUGAUGGCUCAGUACCAUGUCAUGUUGCCUCCUCUGGGCACUGUAAGUUAAGCUCUACAUAGAUUAAACUGGAGAAACGUGUUAAUUGUGUGGAAUGAAAAAAUAUAUUUUUGGAAAAGCAUGAUCAUGCUUGUCUAGAACACAAGGUAUGGUAUAUACAAUUUGCAGUGCAGUGGGCAGAAUACUUCUCACAGCUCAAAGAUAACAGUGAUCACAUUCAUUCCAUAGGUAGCUUUACGUGUGGCUACAACAAAUUUUACUAGCUUUUUCAUUGUCUUUCCAUGAAAUGAAGUUGAGAAAAUGAUUUUCCCUUUGCAGGUUGCACACAGUUUUGUUUAUCCAUUUCCUUAAAAUUAAUUGUAGACUCCAGGACACAAACCAUAGUAGGCAAUACAAUUUUAGAAUGUAAUAUAUAGAGGUAUAUUUAGCCUCUUUUAGAAGUCAGUGGAUUGAAUGUCUUUUUAUUUUAAAUUUUACAUUCAUUAAGGUGCCUCGUUUUUGACUUUGUCCAUUAACAUUUAUCCAUAUGCCUUUGCAAUAACUAGAUUGUGAAAAGCUAACAAGUGUUGUAACAAUAAUCCAUUGUUUGAGGUGCUUGCAGUUGUCUUAAAAAUUAAAGUGUUUUGUUUUUUUUUUCCAGA